AAAUAAACCAGAACAAUGAAUUCCCCACCCACUUAUUCGGAGCAUGACCCAAACAAGAGUGCACCUAUAAUGGGACCCCCUCCACCCGGAGGAGCAUACCCACCUCCUGCUGGUUUCCCACCUACUGGCUACCCACCUGCUGGUCCGCCACCUGCUGGCUACCCACCUGCCGGCUACCCACCUGCUGGUUACCCACCUGCCGGCUACCCACCUGCUGGUUACCCACCUGCUGGUUACCCACCUGCCGGCUACCCACCUGCCUGUUACCCACCUGCCGGCUAUCCACCUGCAGGGUAUCCACCACAGCAGAUGCAGCAGCAACAGACCGUUGUGGUACAAUCAGGAACUACCAUUGUACAAAAGUAAGUCUCUCUCUCUCUCUCUUGUUUUAUCUCUCCCUCUGAUCAUUUUCCUUUCUCUUUCUAUCCCCCUUCCUCUUUGAUUCAUUCUCUCCCACCUCUCUUUGCCUCACCUCUGUCUCUACUACCUCCUGCUAAUCCUCUUCUUUCUCCCUCACUCUCUCCUCUUUCUGUCCCUCCCUCUUUCCAUCCUUUCCUCUCUAUAUACACCAUUUUGGUGCUUAUAAAAAAAAAACAAAUGUUUGUUUAUAUUUAUAUACAUGUGGUUACACAUUUAGCUUUAAAAGCGUCUAAAAAGCAGAUUGAUGUGGUAGUGGGCUGCUUAGCUUAAUGGUAAAGCACUCAGUUGAAGUCUUCAAGAGAUGUUGGUUCAAGUCCAUGACUGUUUGUUGACAAAUUUUUCUGCUUUGUAAGGAAAACAUCAAAUUUGAGUCAACGAUUUUAUGUAUACCACCAUGCCUCCAAACAUUUGAUCAUAUAUAAAUAUUACCAUGGCCUUUCAACAUAUAAAGAAUACAUAUAUAAAAAAAAUCACAGAAGGUAAAUAAAAAUACAGAUAUAUAGAAUGGCAUAUCAAGAAGGUAUAAAAAAUCGACUAAAAAUUCUAAAGUGUGUCAUGCGACUAAAACUCUAAAUGAAAUAAAA